UGCGGCGGGCGGCUCUUAUAGGCUCCGAGGGGUGCCAGUCAGGCGCGCCCGUCCUCCGCCCUCGAGGGCUCCAGCCUAGCAGGGAAAGGCGCGCGCGUGCGGUGGCCACUCGCUCAUUCGCUCCCUCGCCGGCGCUGCAAGGGCCAUGGCGCGUUGGUGCUGCUGCUGCUGCUGCUGAGCUCGCCCCGCCGCCGCCGCCGCCUGGUUGUUGUGCCGGCCGGGCUCUGUGCGCCAUGGUGCCGGGGUUGCCACCCGCGGGCCGCCGCCUAUGGGCCAGCUGCGCCUGAUCGGCUGCCGCCUCCCCGAUGCCCCCGGCGCCCCUGCCGCGCCGCCGCCGCCGCUGCUCCCGCCGGGGCGAAGGAGGCUCCUCUUGCUGCUGCUGCUGAUCAUGCUGGCCGUGUGGCUCUGCAUGGUCUACUCGUGCGCCGCCGCUGCCGCCGCCUCGCCGGGGCUGCCGGGUCCGGGCUCCUCGACCCCCGGCCGGCGGGCGCACGGCCCGGCGCUGUCGUCGCUGCUGCUGUGGCGGGCGCCCGGCUCCAAGGGCCAGCUGAGCCCGGAGCAGGAGGGGAGCGACGACGACGACGAGGCGGAGGACGACGGGCCGGGGCCGGACUCGCCCGGAGCCAUCUCCAGCUUCUUCAACGGCUCCGGCACCAAGCGCCUGCCCCAGGCGCUCAUCAUCGGCGUGAAGAAGGGCGGCACCCGGGCCCUGCUCGAGUUCCUGCGGGUCCACCCGGACGUGCGGGCGGUGGGCGCCGAGCCGCACUUCUUCGACCGCAACUACCAGCGAGGGCUCACCUGGUACAGAGAUUUGAUGCCAAGAACCCUCGAUGGGCAGAUCACCAUGGAGAAAACUCCCAGCUACUUUGUCACCAAGGAAGCACCUGCUCGCAUCUCUGCCAUGUCGAAAGGCACCAAGCUCAUUGUGGUGGUGAGAGACCCGGUUACCCGAGCCAUUUCUGACUACACACAAACUUUGUCCAAGAAGCCCGACAUCCCCACCUUCGAGAGCCUGACCUUCAAAAACAGGACUACGGGCCUCAUUGAUACCUCCUGGAGUGCCAUUCAGAUUGGCAUUUAUGCCAAGCAUCUGGAAAAUUGGCUCCUCUAUUUCCCUAUUGGGCAGAUUCUCUUUGUCAGUGGGGAAAGGCUAAUCAGUGACCCUGCUGGCGAGUUAGGCCGAGUCCAGGACUUCUUGGGUCUCAAAAGGAUCAUCACAGAUAAACACUUCUACUUCAACAAGACCAAGGGCUUUCCGUGCCUGAAAAAGGCAGAAGGCAGUAGCAAGCCGCAUUGCCUGGGCAAAACGAAAGGGCGGACCCAUCCAAACAUCGACCAGAAGGUGGUCCAGAGGCUACGGGAGUUCUACAGGCCUUUCAACAUGAAGUUCUACCAGAUGACUGGACAGGACUUUGGCUGGGAUUAAUGAUUAAUAUGGAAGCACUUGCCAGAGUUAAUCCACUCAUUCAGCUUGCUUCUCCCUAUAUAUGUAGAUAGGUCGAUAUGUAAAAUGUACAGAAAUCUAUUUUAUAAUAAUUUAUUUUUAAUUCCUAAGCAAUUAAUUCACUAAGCUGCCUAACCACACUGUAGCCCAUAGCUAUGUUUUAACAUUCCACAGUGUUGAAUCUUUACUGUGCUCUUGCUUUUUGGUUGCCUGGUUCAGUUUGUAAUGGGAAAGUGCUUCCAUGUAUUUUCCUAGCAGAAAUUUAAUAUUUUCUUAAAAAUGCAGGUGGGUAAGGGAAAUUGAUUUUUUUUAAAGCACAAUUUUUUUCCAAUACGGGUACUAGGCAUUUUGAAACACUUUUUGUGCAAAGUCCUUCAGGUAGCAUCUUCUGUCUUCCCUCUUCACCAAUCACUUUAUAUGCAACAGAGGUUUUAGUUGACAUUGAAAUAAGAGCCUUUGCAAAUUAUCUCAUGGAACUUGUGCAUUAGGACUAGCUUAAGCAGCUGCCCUUACAGGUGAGUGUGACACAUAUGUGCAAAAAGAUACACUCUCCAGCCAUAUAGCUGCUGCCUGCCCCCCAGCUGUGUUUCCCUUGGUCCUGCUUUUUCACACAAGCUUUGCAACAAGGUGUAAGCUUGUUGCCUGAACCUUCGCCAUUUCUUUCUGGCAGACUGUGUAGUGCAAACAGACUUUCUUUUCAUUUAAGCAGAUUUCCUGAGCUGACAACUAUGCAUAUUUGUUGAACUUUUUCCAGAAGGAACAAGUUAAAUGUGAAAUGCUUGCUUAGGGCAAGUCAUGGUGCAGUUUUUUUAAGGUUUGUUUCUAAAUCAGUUUCAUGGAGGAAGGCCAUUUGAACUUGCUUCUGGUGAGCCAUUCAUCUGUGUAGCUAAGUGUGAGUGCAGCAUGUAUUGGGGCUGUAUACAGCUGGAUAGCAAGCAGAGUUCAUCCCUGUGUUCAAUCAUUCAGGCUCAUGUGAGUGCACUCUCUUUCUCUCCCACUCUGUCAACGAUUUUUGAACAUAAACUUUAGGCAAAAAUAAUAGUACAGAAUUGAGGGGGGUGGGGGACCUGUAUGAUAGAAAGAGGAUGUAUUGCAUAAAGCCUACUGUCAGAAGCAAUGGAGAGGUGCAGGUAACAUAUUCUGCCUUAACCUCACCAAAGAAUUCCACAAGUUGUGCAUGUGCCUAGCAAAGCAUAUUUGUCAAUGGCAAAGUCAUGGGGUGGACAGCAUGUGGCCACUUCGCCGAGUAUGGUACUAGUAAUUGAGCUGUCAAGGUGUAACAAUGGCAAACUUGAGGGCUUAUGUGUCUGGUUAACAUUAGACUGGGCGUUCUGCAGUAGGCCUGUGUAUACCUCUUGUUUUUCACUUCUCUUCACUUUGUGCAACAGAUUAACCACAGGUCUUUGAAGUGUCCUGAACCUGGGUGCUUGUAUGGAUUAGAUUGAGCACCACAAACAGAUUAACUUUUUAAAAAAUUUGGAGACACAUUACAAUAAUUGAGUGACUUAGGGGGCUGUCUGUGGAACAUCCACACAAUACAGUGUGUGUGUGUGUGUUGCAUGUGAACAUCCCAUUCCCUUUCAUCAUAAGGAUAUAGAUUAUCAAUAAUGCCUAUCAUUAUUUGCAGUGCAAAUUUCAGCAGUGUUUAUAAUGUCUUGACUUUAAUUUGGAGUUGCACUGUUAGUCUACUACUGUUAUGGUGGUGGUAAGCUUCACAAAUGCAUACAUCUUCUAAUAAAGCAACACUUGCAGACAAGAAAAUCUUGCAUCUCAGUUUUGGGCAAAGACAAAAGGGGUUCAUCAUGUAAAUUUUGGUCUCCUGACCUCUCAAAACCAUUUGAUACUAUGCUGAAAGAUUUGUGAAACCUUCCCAUUUAUUGCUGCUCUUUGUCUUCAAUUAUAAAACUGUUCUUGGGAGUUUGAAACUACAGAACUUGGGUCACAAAUACAUAUUUGAAUCUGUUUUGUAUUCUAAACCUUCAAUUGUACAAUGUCACUGUGUCAACAGAACAUGUUUUGAACAGUUUUGCAAAAUAAGAAUGUCAGUGAUGAAUAUCCUGGUAAUUCUUUGUUAAGUGCUUUAAGUGAAAUGCUAAUCCUGGUUGAGCAGCCCAUACCAGGAGAGAUUAAGAAAUCAAUUAAUUGAUAUGGUUUUACCUAUACAAUAUGGCAACCACAAAGGGACAGUGUACUAUAUGGGUUUUGAACUGCCAUCAGCGGCCUCGGUGGUGUUGCUUCUUUGUUUGGUUCACAAGGGGGACUCAGUCAAACUCAGAGGUGUGGUUAGACUUUUUUUUACAUUGUAACAUUAAUUUAUGGUUGAGUUUCAUUCAGUCCUGUAUUCAGCUGUUCAGUAUGUCCAGAUAUUAGCAAUAUUUUGUGUUCUCUGUGACAUGGUACAUCUUAGACUAGUACACUUGUAAAGAAAAAAAGGCAAACAAAAACUUGUAAAUGGAGUAUUUUGUGGUAUGUACAACACAAAUUAAUUUUACACAGAGAAAGGUUUCUAGGAAAACGAAAAUUCAGAUAAUUCAUACUAUUUCUUUUUAUAAAGAAAUAAAAUAUAUUUUACCAGA